AUGGGAAGAUCCUUUACCCGCAGUCCCCAGUCCUCCUCCAAACCUCUCCACAACACUCCACAAAGCGUGUAUCCGUUGGAAAAGGAAUCCGUUAGGACGUAGAGCAGAGCCUUAACAUACCCAAUUUCCAGUCAGAGCUUACUCCGUCUCUCUGCCACUCUCUCCCUGUGAAGAAUUUUGCCCACCACUGAAGCCACGCCCGCCGUUACGAGCACCGUAGUCAUUGAAACCGUCACGAUGCCGUCCACAACAACUAUACAACAGACCGUAGUGCCCGACACUUCAAGUGUGGAGCGUCAUGGGUAUUUGUUCGGCUACCCGAUCGCACAUUCCAUGUCGCCGUUGUUUCACAACACAGUGUACGCGGACCUUGGUUUGAACUGGAAUCAGUUCUACCUUGAGUCGACAGAUAUGGAGCUCUUCCUGAAGGCCAGGCAGGAUCCCAAGUUCUAUGGUGCAUCAGUGACCAUGCCACACAAGAUGGCCAUCCUCCCACACUUGGACGAAAUCACAGAAGAAGGCAGGGAGGUCGGCGCUGUUAACACACUCUUUCUCAAGGAGGACCCCGCAACAGGAAAGCGGAUAUUCUGCGGCACCAACACUGACGUCGUUGGCGUACGAGAUGCUUUCGUCUACAAUGUCAAGGAUCCCGCGGCAAUCUACGAGAACCGGCCAGCUAUGGUGGUAGGAGGUGGUGGUGCGGCCCGAAGCGCUGUCUACGCGUUAAGGAAGUGGAUGAAGGCCAGCAAAAUCUACCUUGUCAACCGGGACCGCAAUGAAGUCAAGGCAGUUAUCAACGAGUGCACAGCGAGGGGAUUCGGCGACUCCCUCAUCGACGUUUCGAGCGCCGCACAAGCUGAAGAGCUCGAGGGCGUGGGUGCAAUUGUGGCAUGUGUACCUGACUUUCCACCCAAGACACCAGAAGAGAAGGAGGCAAGGGCCGUCCUGCAGACCUUCUUGAACAAGCCACACAAGGGCGCUAUCCUGGAGAUGUGCUACCACCCCUCACCCUGGACAGAGAUUGCCGGAAUUAGUGAGAAGGCUGGCUGGCAGCUCAUCUUGGGCACAGAGGCCAUGAUCUACCAGGGUCUCGAGCAGGACAGGUACUGGACAGGGAAGCCGGUGUCUGAGCUGCCAAAGGCAAAGGUCCAGGCGGUUAUCGCGGCUAAGCUGGCUGAGGCGCGACACUAG